ACGGUCCCAAACUACGUUUCCAACCGGUGACAACUAUGAAAACAAUGUUAAAGUUACGUAGUUUGGCAAAUGCAAUAGAUUGAGCACUCCCAGGAUUUUAGAGUUACAAAUGUGUCUCAUGGAUUUCAUUAUUUAAGUGAAAUGCUUCGGUACUGCUAGGACGCUUUGGGUGGAACAAUGGCACAUCAUCCGACGAAUGAUGAGCUUGAUGAACAAUUUGAGCUGUUUAUGAAAGAGUCUGUAUCAGAUGACUCAGUGGAUUUGGGUGGCAGUGUUAAGUGCUCUGGUGUUCUGGACAGCAUGGGCAGAGCCCCUCAUAAAACAACAGGAAAGAAGACCUCAGCUGUCUCUGUUUUGUGGUGGCAGAAGGAGAGCGAGGAGGACAGUGAGGAAACACCUGGCAAAGCAGCAGCUGUCAAAUGCAGGUUUAUUAAACUCAAAAAGCCCCAGCAGGCAGUGGCAGACAGUCAGGAGGAAGCGGUUGGUUCUGUGGAAGCAGCCACAAAACCAGUCCCUAAGCCUCGGCGCAAAACUCUGGAUAGACUCACUCAGCUGGACAAUAUGCAUAGAGCCGAUUUGAAAGUCUCUUCUAGAGUUGCCACGGCAGUGGAACAGAAGAUCUCAGAUUAUUACUCCCCCUCUGUACAGCAGAGGAUCUCUGCCACAAUUGAAAGCACCCACAAAGUGAAAGAGAGCUGUCCCGUAGGGAGUGUCUCCGUCUGUGGCACACCAGUGGAGAGUCACAGCAUUGAUAGUGACUCACAGGAUCAUGGAGAUGGAAUUCUAAGAUCUGGACGGACCUUCCGUAAGUCUCUGAGAGGAUCCCAGUCUAUUCAGGAGGAGGAAGAAGAAGGACAGCAGCCUCAGGAAGGAGAGAGAGGCUCUGCACCCCCCACCUCUGAACCUGUCAUUUUCAGCAGAGACAGUCUGGAGUCUGAGGAUUCUGUAAUGGCAUCAGGACAAGGUCAGUCCAUAGCCAUGGGUCUAGGUCUGGGUAUGGAUACUCUGGAGGAAGAGUUGGAGAAGGCCAGCUUUUUUGGCCACCUGGAAGGAGGUGCGUCCUCCACCAUAGACUACUCCAGACUGAACAGAGACCUGGAUUCUUCCACCACCACAAUCACCCCUGGGAAAGCAGAGGUGGCUAUGGUGGGGAUUGAUCAAAGAAAGUGCAUAGCUAUGGAGUCCAGACUAUCCCCAGCCUCCCCGUACUACAGUGAGGAUGAGGACUUUGAAGAGGAGGGAAGUGGCAAGGAGGUUAUUGAGGAGAAGCCUGAAAGGCCUGCCAUGCUUGCCAAAGUCUCUCUCCAUGAUUCUUUGGACUCAGCCAGUGAUCUCCUUCCCCUUGGAGUGGACAGUGACCUUGAGGAGGAACUGGGUAGGAACAAGAGGGCAGAGCGAGUAUUACCAGACCAGUCAUAUGGCCAGAGUGGGGUUAGCGACAUGGAGGCUCUACCAGAUGCCUACAGGCAAAUCAGCGGCUCUUUAGAGGACUCAGAUCACCAUCACCACUCUGUAUCACCAUUCAGGAGGGAGAGAAGUUCGAGCAGCAGUCCUGGCCAUGUCUCUCCCACUGUACUAGAGCUCUGCAAAGAAAAACCCCUACCACCAGUCUCCACUAUAGAAGACUAUGGUGAACUAAGAGUGAGCAGUGAUCUCGUGGCAGGGGUCCAGUCUCCUGCUGCCUGCCUCCAGCAACAACAUCAGAUGGACAGCCAUGAUGGUCACCAGAAUACCAGUCACACUGUCUUUCUGAAAAGCAAAUAUCAACAUGACACCAGCCAAACUCAGGAGACUCAGCAACCAUUAGAGAAGACAGUUGAGAACAUGGCUGGUGAGGCAAGCCCCCUAGAGUCCAGACAGAGACUGCAGCUAGAUCAGAAAGAGAACGAGCUUCACACCAGAGAAGAGCUACCUCUGCAACACAACACAGAGCUUAGCUCACUGAGGCAGGAGAACUACCUCCUUCAGAGCAAGCUACACAUUGCAGAGGAGGCCAAGAAUAAGUGCCGGUGGCAUCUGGGUCUGUGCAACUCCUUGGACCCCCUCACUGAAAAGAAACUCCAAGAAAUACAGAAAGAAGUGAAGCAACAGGAGACCCUCAUCCGGGGAUACCAACAGGAAAAUGAGAAGCUGUAUCUGCAGAUGAAGGCUCUUCAGGCACAGAGUAAACUCAAUGAAGAAGCCAUGUUCACAGAGAACCAGAGGCUAGUGAAUGAACUGACCUCUACCAAGGAACAGUUGAGCAAAAGUACUUUGCCAAGAACUGUGCAAAAUAUAGGCUGUGUGGACCAUAUUCAACGCAUCACAGAGCUACAACGUCAAAUGGAGGCAGCACAGAGAACUGAUGAGAGACUGAUACAGGAGAACCAAAGGCUUAAACAGGAGAAACAGGCUCUGGAGGUGGACCUUCAGAUGAUGAGGAAAGACCGAGAUCUAGCCAAAGCACAUGUUGUCAACUCUUCAGGGGACAGGAGUUUUGAGCUGCAGAUUGUGGAGGACAGGUAUAAGGAGGAGGUGUGUUCUCUGAAGAAGAAGCUCCAGUGGUACGCUGAGAACCAGGAGCUACUAGACCGAGAUGCUGCUAGAAUGAGAACUGCCACCGCUGAGAUACACAAACUCACAGAGCAGGUGGAGAAGCUGAAAAUGGAGGUUGGGAAGAAAGACAAUGAGAGCAAGUUAAAGCAGAGAACACGAGAGGCUAAGAGGAUACAGGAUCUCGAACGGCAGGUGAAGGAGAUGGAGGAGAUACUGAAACGUAGGAACCCUAACUCACUAACAGCACUGAUCUAUGCUGCAGCCAACUCGCCUGCGUUGGAUGAAGGGCCCUCUCAGACCACAGUCCUUUUGGAGCGGCGAAUCCGAAAGCUGGAGGCAGAACUUGAGAGCCAUAAUGAUGAGGCGAAGCGUAGCCUCCGAGCCAUGGAACAGCAGUACCAGCGGAUUAAGCUCCAGUAUGAACAGCAGAUCAGUGAUCUGGAACAGCAGUUGGCACAGAAACAUCAGGACCAGGAUCUGGCUCAGUCUGCUGGGGUCUGGGAGGCCCAGGUCCACUCCCUGCAGGAUGAACUCGAGCAGCUUAAGGAGACUUUUCAGAGCAGAGAAAAUAUUCUACAGGAAAAGGUCCACUCCCUACAGGUGAAGCUCGCACAACAGUCCAAACCCAAGCCAGAAAAAGCCCCCCAGCACAGUCCAUCCCGCCACCAGCAGCAAGCAGAAACAGCCCUGGGUGUUCGGAUAGAGAGACUCAACCAGGAGUUGUCAGCUAAGACUCGUACCAUCCAGGAGCUGAGCCGCACCGUAGAGAGACUCCAGAGGGAAAGGAGGAACAUGCCGCCUGGCCCUAGUCUUAGACUAGUGGCCAAACAGAAGCUGGUUGUACCAAAAGGACCUGUGUUUGCCCCAGGGGAGAGGGAGGGCACAGUGGGAGAAGGAGGAGAGACAGCGGCCUUCCCUCCGACCCAUGAUGAGAAGGACUACCAGCCCAAAGUAUUCACUGGAAGCCACAUUUCAGAGGUGCUGCUAGAGAAUGAGCGGUUAAGGCUGCGUCUGGAGCAGCUAGAGCACAAGUGGGAUGAGGAGAGGGUUGCACUGCAGGCAGCAACAGCACAGGCCCAGGUUGAGUUACACAGGUUCCAGGAGUGGUCAGCAGAGCAACUGUCUUCCCUCAAGGCUGACCACCAGAGGGAGGUAGAGCGCCUGUUAACCCAAAUAUCUGUCACCCACUCGUCUUCUAAAGUGGCAGAACUCACCAAUCAGGUGAUCUCACAGGAGGUCAUGGUGCAGCACUUCCGUGACCAGGUUAAAGAACUACAGACUACCAAGGAUGCUCUGGCUGUGUCUAAGCUUCGGGAGGACACCCUACAGAGCCAGCUGACCAGGCUGUUGGAGGAACUGAAGCAGGCGAAGGAGUGCCAUAGCCCAGAGCUCAGACACUUCACUAGCCUUGAGAGAAAGAUCCACAACCUGGAGCUACGACAUGCUCGAAGGGAAAAGGAGUUGCAGCAGGUGAUAAGUCAGACUCGGCUGGUGCUGGAGACUGAGCACCAGUCAGAGUUGGAGCGCUGGAGGAGCCUUGCUCAGGGGAAGACCCGGGAACUGGAGGUGUUCCGUCUGGAACUAGACUCUAUCCUGGACGUUCUCAGAGAACUACAGAGACAGGGAGUAGUCAUCCCUCCUCCAGACCAAGGUUCAUCUUUACCCUUCACCUGGAGGACCUGAUACAUGUGAUGCGGGGUCUUUCUCAUUUGCUUACAAAUCUGUGAUAUUGUCUGGUCUGAAAUAAUUUAUCAUGAGAAAGCCAGCCUAAUGACAAGCUUCCACGCAAGUAUUUUCCAGUAUGUGCAGAUAUAGGGGAAGACGAAAUGAAGAGGAUGGAUUUGUAAGCACUUAAAAACCCACACAUCUUUUAGAAGAAUCUGUCAUUGUGCUCUAGAUUUAUAUUUUCUUAAUUUUAUUUAUUGGGAUUUAUUUUGUAACUCAAUGUAUUUCAGAAAAGUGAAUACCAUUUUAUUGUUUGUUUGACAAGAACAUAGAUGAGAUCUCAUCUUUCUGAAUAAACACUAAAGCCUUACACUGACAUUUUGAA